CCUUGCCAGACAAUGCACCAUUGGAAGAGCAGAUCGGGCGUCUUAUUUUGCUGCUUACUGUCAAAAAUGGUGCACUGGAUGUACCUACUAACAUAGAUGCUCGCCGGCGCAUAUCAUUCUUUUCUACUUCCCUAUUCAUGAAUAUGCCCACUGCUCCCAGAGUGCAAAAUAUGCUGUCGUUCAGUGUUCUUACUCCCCAUUACAUGGAAGAUAUAAACUUUUCAAGGAAAGAGCUUCAUUCUAGUCAGCGAGAGGUUUCGAUUAUAUUUUACAUGCAAGAGAUAUUUCCAGAUGAAUGGAAAAACUUUUUGGAACGGAUGGAAUGUGCAAGUUUGGAAGCGUUGAAAGCUGAAGACAAGGAAGAAGAACUUAGAAGUUGGGCCUCUUUCCGGGGCCAAACUCUAAGCCGAACAGGUAAUGGAAUAGAAUAUGAGACAUAA